AUGGAACGCCAAAUAAUCUCAAGCGCAAACGUGAAGCCGUCUUUGCCAACUCCCCAAACCCUCCGAAGGUACAACUUCUCAAUGCUGGACCAGAUUUUCCCGCCAAUGCCGAUUCCCGUCGUCUUCUACUUCUCCGACGCAUCGCUCGACGAUCCGGAUUCAUCUAUUCCUCAAAUAACGGAUCACCUGACCCGAUCGCUCUCCCUCAUUCUCACCCGCUUCUACCCGCUGGCCGGCCGAGCCACCGCCGAGGCCGAAUUCAUCGACUGCAACGACGCUGGCGUCCCCUUCUCCGUCGCCAGAUUCAGAGGCCUCACGCUGCCGGAGCUCCUCGCCACUCCCCGCCCCGAUCUCCUGCUGCCGGCGCCAGAUUGCGGCGUCUCCGCCGUCGCGGCGGUGCAGCUGAAUUUCUUCGACUGCGGCGGCGUCGCGAUCGGGGUGGUGUUCUGGAACAAGGCGGUGGAUGCGACGACGGUGGUGGCGGUGCUCCGGGCGUGGGGCGCGGCGGCGCGUGGGGGCCACGAGGCGGUUUGCCCCAACUACAUGGCGCAGUAUAUGUUUCCGCAGAAGGAGAGCGUUCCGGCGCAGCUCGGCUCCACCGCUGAUAUCGUGAAGAUCGGAAAAUCCGUCGUUAGAAGGUAUGUAUUCUCCGCCUCCGCCACGUCAUCACUAGAAUCGAAAGCAUCCAACGUGGCAGACCCCACCGGAGCCGAGCUCGUGGCAGCUCUCAUGUGGAAAUGCUUCAUGUCCGCAUCUCAUGCAAACGGCAAAUCCACCUCCUUCCUCACCCAAACCAUCGACCUCCGCCGCCGCGCCGUGCCGCCGUUCCCCAAGGAAUGCUUCGGCAACCUCCAGGCGCUGGCGGCCGCCACGUGCCCCAACGAUCCCAGCCCGCCGCUGGGCUCACUCGUAGCCAAAAUGAGGGAAUCCGCCGCGAAGAUCGACGGCGGCUAUGUCGACCGGAUGCGCGGCGACGGCGGGCUGAUGGGAUACUACGAGAAUCUCCGGCGAGUUUGGAUCGGAUAUUCGGAGGAAUUCGAUGUGUUGCCGAUCUCUAGCCUUUGUGGUGGUGGGGUUUAUGGUGUGGAUUUCGGAUGGGGGAAGCCGGCGUGGUUUAGUAAAUGUGACAGCGGCGGUGAGGCCGAGGUUUGGAAUAGGGUGUGGUUGAAUGACACGAGAAGCGGCGGCGGGAUAGAGGCGUGGGUGAUUCUUGAAGAGGAGUAUAUGAAGGUGUUUGAACGAGUUGAGGAUUUGAGAGGUCUUGCUAUUGUUGAUCCAAAUCCACUUUCAAGUGAUGAGGUUGGGUUGUUUGCAAAAUUAUAA